AUGACCGGUACACACAAUGAAUAUGCUGUGGAUAGCAAAAACCUGACCGAUCUUGAGGCUGGCGGAAAUGACGGACUCAGACAACUCCGCUCGGUCCAGAGUGUAAGCAUGAGUCCUGAGCUGUUUGAAAAGUUGUAUCUUUCUCCCCCAACCAAGGCUGCCGGAAAUUUGAGGCGCACAUUUGGAAACCCGACACCAAUGGCUCUCGUCGGGUUUCUACUAUCUCUCAUGCCACUUUCGUGCGAUCUAAUGGGAUGGCGUGGAGCCGGUGAUUUUGGUGUCGCUACAAUAGCCGUAUACUUCUUUAUGGGUGGUCUUCUGAUGUUUCUAAGCGGUGUCUUAGAGUGGAUCCUAGGAAAUAGCUUUCCCGCGACCGUAUUCUGUAGCUUUGGUGGCUUCUGGUUCGCGUUUGGAGGAACGCUCAACCCGACUUUCGGAGCAUAUAGCUUUUACGCCUCAGAUCCCUCGAAUCCCACAGCUGGACUUACAGCUGCAAGGUUCAAUGCAAGUCUCGGUUUCUGGCUGGUAAUUAUGGGCAUACUCGCUUUUCUGUACAUGAUAUGCGCUUUGAGAACAAAUAUUGUCUUUGUUAUUAUCUUUCUGAGCUUAUUACCAGCCUUUGGCUUGCUCACAGCUGCAUUUUGGCUCCAAGCAGCGGAUUUCGAAGGAAACACGGCCAAGGCCAACAACAUGUUUGUGGGAGCGGGUGCGAGUCUUUUUGUGACGUGCAUUGCUGGUUGGUAUAUUCUCGUGUCCAUCAUGUUUGAGAUAGUUGACUUUCCCCUACAAUUACCUGUUGGAGACCUAUCUACCAUUAUUAAGGGCAGAAAUAUGAGGAAGUAG